CCCCAUUGCACUGCAGGUUGGAGGAGUGUCGAGUCGGAACUCUGCCCUAACCUGAUGAGCAGACAAACGUUACAAGAUUCCGCACACGCCACAGACGCAUCCUGGGUUGUAAGACCCUCUCCUCCUUCCACACCUUUAUAUUCCCCCCUCCCAGCCAAUAAUAUCGGUGGUGAUUCGCCCAUGGACAUUGCCGUUAGUGACGAGAGCAACACAACGGCGCAGGGUUCCGUCAGUCUGGGGGACAUUUUGGACGGUCAAGUCGAGAGACUUGGACCAGAUUCACAGAAUGGAGUAGGGGAGGACACUGAUGCGGAAGCAAGUGCCAGCGGAAGUGACUCUGAAAAUGGGCGAGGGAAAAACAAGUCGGCGCCUGUCGGAUAUUGCGUAGAGUGUGAAGAUCAACCUGCGUCGGUGUUUUGCGAGCAGUGUGCGGACAAUUACUGCGAAGUUUGCUUCCACUCACAGCACCGCAAGGGAAAUCGAAAGCGACACAGCACAAAAUCCUUGCAAUCGACAACCCCCCAGAAGAAAGCGAAGCGAUCGAAUGGAAAAGCAGAGAGUCCAGGGACGGGGAUCAUCCAUACCGCCCUAAAAUAUCUUAAAAUUCAGGCAGAACCAGCUGUAACGGCCAACGGCGAAAACCAGGAAGAUGAGGAACUCAGCGACGAUUUCAAAUUGAUGGGCGAACAGCCAACCGCGAAGGCGCCCGUUGGUGACUGGUUCUUGGAGAGAGCAAAGUUUAUACCAUUACGGUUAACCUUGGACGAGCGCAAAUACCUUCGUUUGUUGGAAGCUGCACUGAGCGUGUCUGAGUAUACAGACCGUAUCGAUAUCCUAAGUUAUGGAAGCAAAAGCAAGCGGAUUGUGUCGCAAAUCAAAGAACUUUGUGCCAUAUUAUCGGGUCUUGUGUUGGCGGCUGAUUACAAAGUUGGACAAGAACUUUUCCAAGAUAGAGAUUUCGGAAGUAAUGCCGAGUUCUUCCAGGAAAUCUUCGAGCUAGGGCGGCGGCAUAAGAUCAUGAAUCCGGAGAAGAUGCGAACUACUUACGGGAAGCUUGUUUACCUGCUGCAAGACUCGCAAAUCCCUGAAGUAAAAGAUAUGCUGGAGUUUACCUGUGUUAAACCUAUAAAGACUGUGUACACGGUCCUCAGCGAGCUGAAUGGAUUGAGAGUUCUGGAAGACGAUCUGAUCGCGAUAGCAACACAGGAGAUUCUGUCUGAAGGGAAAAGCCGGCAUCAAGUUCAGUCGGAAAUCAAAAUGAAAGAGCGCGCCAUUGAGCAGCUGGCGCGAAAAUAUGGAAGUAGUGAAUUGAAGCCGGACCUCAUCCGACAAUGUCUAUAUUCCAUUGGCGACAAUCAUGCUUUCCUACGCGUUAAUAGGGACCCUUGUGAUAAGAUGAUAUCGUACCUGCAAAAAUAUUUUGAUGCUGAAAAGGAAGAGCAAGGGUUUUCCCUGGCGAUUAGAUCGGGGCGAGGAGGUGCGCGGCUUUCACACGAUCAUGGCAAGCAAUACCACUAUGUAUUGCAGUCCUUGACACUGUGGAGAGAGAUUAUGCACGAUAUGUUUAUGCUCUGGAGCCUUGCUGAGCAGGAUCUGUUGAGCGAUGAAAACGGCUACCGCCUGAGAGAUACCGGCCAGGGAUUGAAUCGCGUGCAGGCCGCCCCAAGGGUGUCGCGGAUGAUGCACACGAUUUUGCAUCGUGCACAGAAGAGGGUGGGCUACUGGGUUGGGUCAUCAGUGAUCCAUUUGGGAGAUCAUAAUGUUCCAAAUGCGCUCAUGUUUAUCGACAAAUACACCCAAGUUUACCGCAUUCUUUUGCCAAUUUGCAAUUGUUUGGGGCAGUUGGAAGAUCUGGUCAAGAAUCCCGGCAUAAAGGGUUACAUUGACGGACAGUUUGGAGGGACGGAAAGAUUACGGAAGGAGAUACUCGCGGACUUCUUUCGACAUGCCUUUGACGGAAGUGGUGCGGAUAACUUCUUUGACGCUGGUUCAUGCAUUGAUGGAAGAUUGACCUCGGCGUGGAACUGGUGUUCGACUUUAGAGAAGAAGCGAUAUUUCCCCGUCUUUCUCUUGAGUGGCUUCAUGGGAUUCGAUGGGCAAUGGUAGAUGAUGUGGGUCGGUAGAAAAGGGGGUCUGGGAUUACAUGUAUCAUAGAGACACGUUUAGAAAUUAAAAAAACUGAAAAAAUCAGGAGCUUAUUCAAUCA